AUGGGAGGACAGGACAUGGCCCGACGGGUGCUGGCGGCCCCACAGCACGUGCUCUGCGUUGGAGGGCAGCGCUACCCGCUGGAGGUGACCGCGCACGACCCCGAGCUCAGCCCCGACCAGAUCUUCAUACAUGUUCACAUGGUAGUUGACUGUGGGAAGUUUCCUGAUGGCAAAACCCUUCUGAGGAACUUGCAUAAAGGCUACAGCAAUGUGCAGAUCAACUUUGACUCCCAGGACGGACACUGCAUAGUCAAGGGACCAUUCACUGAGCUGCAGGCCUUCAGCAGAGAUCUGCUGUGCAGGCUGAACAUCAAGAGCCAAGUGCCUGGAGAGAUUCUCCAGUCAGAAUGCAGCCAUGUGGCCCAAGGCACCAGGACCCAUGAUCACCAGCAAGUGCCUGUCUCUGUUGAAUCAGCACCAAAGACAACGAAACUGCCACAUGGGGACCAGGUGUGUGAAGAGGCAGCUGAGGCCCCACCAUAUCGGGGUCCAGUGGAUGGGGAAGCCAUGGAGGGGCUGGAGGACUUUUCCCUAGUGAUGGACUCAGAUAUUUACUUGUACAUGCAGAGGUUCUGUGCUCAUGAGUACCAUCGUGUGCUGCGCCAGCAUCAUGUGGAUGUGGUGGACAUUAGCAGUGAUGGCAUUGUCAUACUGUACCUCCAAGUGUCUGCAGGUGCGUCUGGGGACAGGGAUGCCCUGGGACAGGCCCGUCUGGCCCUGCAGGAGCUCUACCAGCAGUUGGAAGUGAGCUUGCGCAAGGAGAAGAUCGACAAAAGAGGCCUGGAUUUGGACAAGCAGACACAGAAGGCUCUGUCACAUGAGCUGCAAAAACGGUAUCCCCACCUGCUCUGCCAUGAAGAUGAGAGGCAGCUUUAUCUUAUCGGAAACCUGGUUGAUGUUUCCCAGGCCAAGCAGUAUUUUCAGGCUUUCAGCACCAGAAGAAGGCUUGCACACAGACUCAGCAAGCUCAGGAGCUCCCUGCCCUCGCACCCGGCAGCUGCUCACACCACAGAGGCUGCACCGCGCAAGCCCAAAAGCCCCAUGGACACCUCUCUCUCAAGACUGAGCCCAGGAAAGUUGGAGCUGCAAGGAGAGCCCAAGCUGGCUACCAGCCGCAGUGCUCCCAAGGCUGACAGGUCUCCAGCCAGUGCAGGACUUUUGCUGGAUCAGGACUCUCCACAAGUGGGACAAGCCUCACCUCUCUCUCAAGACUGA